GGUUCAAUUUCAGAAGCUUCAACAACUGCGCCUUACACAGUACCAUGGAGGAUCCUUACCCAACGUGAGCCAGCUGCGGAGCAGUGCAUCAGAGUUUCAGCCGUCAUUUCAUCAAGCUGAUAACGUUCGGGGAACCCGCCACCACGGGCUGGUAGAGAGGCCCUCCAGGAAUCGCUUCCACCCCCUUCACCGAAGGUCCGGGGAAAAGCCAGGACGACAAUUUGAUGGCAGCACUUUUGGAGCCAAUUAUUCCUCACAGCCCCUGGAUGAGAGUUGGCCACGGCAGCAGCCUCCUUGGAAAGAAGAAAAGCCUCCUGGGUUCAGGCUAACGUCAGCACUUAACAGGACCAAUUCAGAUUCUGCUCUUCAUACAAGUGCUCUGAGCACCAAGCCCCAGGACCCCUAUGGAGGAGGGGGCCCGUCAGCCUGGCCUGCCCCAUAUACAGUAGUGUCUUUCCCUGGUCCAUUGAAAGAAGAGAAUCUGUUAAAUGUUCCAAAGCCACUGCCAAAACAGCUGUGGGAGACCAAGGAGAUUCAGUCCCUGUCAGGGCGCCCUCGAUCCUGUGAUGUCGGAGGUGGCAAUGCUUUUCCACAUAAUGGCCAAAACAUAGGCCUCUCACCAUUUCUGGGGACCCUGAACACUGGAGGAUCAUUGCCAGAUCUAACCAACCUCCACUACUCAGUGCCCCUGCCGGCCUCCCUGGACACCAAUGACCACCUCUUUGGGAGUAUGAGUGUGGGCAACAGUGUGAGCAACCUCCCAGCUGCUAUGACUCACCUGGGGAUACGAAGCUCUUCUGGUCUCCAGAGUUCUCGGAGUAACCCCUCCCUCCAAGCCACGCUCAAUAAGACAGCACUCUCCUCUUCCCUGAACAGCCACCCACAGACAUCUGCUGCCAGCGUGUCUGCUCUUCACCCUUCACUCCGUCUGUUUUCUCUUAGCAACCCGUCUCUUUCCACCUCAAACCUGAGUGGCCCCUCUAGGCGUCGGCAGCCUCCUGUCAGCCCUCUCACACUUUCUCCUGGCCCUGAAGCACACCAGGGCUUCAGCAGACAGCUUUCUGCUACCAGUCCACUGAACCCAUAUCCUGCCUCCCAGAUGGUGUCCUCAGAUCAAAGUCGGCUUUCCUUCCUGCCCACAGAUGCUCAAGCCCAGGUGUCCCCGCCGCCCCCUUACCCCACGCCCCAGGAGCUUCCCCAGCCUCUCCUGCAACAGCCCCACACCCAGGAGGCCCCAGCACAGCAGCCCCAGGCAGCCUCCUCACUGCCACAGUCAGACUUCCAGCUUCUCACAGCCCAGGGCUCAUCUUUGACCAACUUCUUCCCAGAUGUGGGCUUUGACCAGCAGUCCCUGAGGCCAGGCCCAGCCUUUCCUCAACAGGUGCCCCUGGUGCAACAAAGUCACCGAGAGCUGCAGGAUUCAUUUCAUUUGAGGCCAAACCUAUAUUCCAACUGCGGAAAUUUCCCUAACAACAUCCUGACAGAAGACUCGAACAUCAGCCUGUUCAAAGACCUGAGUAGCGCACUGGCAGGCAUGCCGGAGGUUGGCCUGAGCAUGGACACUCCAUUUCCACUGGAAGAGGAGCUCCAGAUUGAACCUCUGAGCCUGGAUGGACUCAACAUGUUAAGUGACUCCAGCAUGGGCCUUCUCGACCCCUCUGUUGAAGAGACGUUUCGAGCUGACCGACUGUGAACAACGCAACAGAACAGAAUGUUUUUCUGAAACAACCAAAAUAGAAUGGAGCCAGCUAACACCCUGGGCUUUAAUUAUCUUGACAUGGAAGGAGCCAACUCCAUAGCUCCAGGCUUCCAGAUGAGGUCCCAUCUCAAACACCCUGGCUUUUUCUAGACCACAGAGCCAUGUACUGCCUCUCAGGCUUGUGGCGAAAGCUGUGCUGCUGCAGGCCGGCUGCUCUGGAGCUUCCUGUGACCUGGCAAGCUCAUCUCCUUGCCAUUGCAUCUUUUUAUUGGCUAUGCAGUCAGUUGCUGUGCAAAAGUAGAGAACACCAUGUAACGGGAAGGCUCAGCAGCAUUGUGUUGUGCUCAGAACCACUGAUCUCGAUCAACACUGAAGACAGGACCUGGAGU